CAGAUAGAGAUGCACGGUGUUGGAAGAGGCAUCAAAAUUCUGACAUCGUGUGCUGUUUGUACGUGUACAUUUUCUCGUUUCGUCUGUUUUUUUUUCUUCUUCCUUUCAUUCUUUUCGAUUGCAUUUUUUGGAUCGUUUCGAUCAGUGUGAUCGCAUUCAAUUUGGAAUGAAUUUUCAUCAAGUGUCAUUCCUAUCAGUUUGAACAGUGAAACACAAAGAGUGAUAGAGUGAAGUAUAAAUUUGGAGUUAAAUCAAUACAUUCGAUCGAAAUCAAGAAGCAUACAAUGAGAAAAAUGAAGUGUUAAAGAUAAAUUAAAUUGACUGAACGCGGUGUUAUUCGCAAGUGGUGUGGAAGAAAGUGAAAGAAAAACAAGACGGGACGACAUUAUAGUUCACGAGAAUAAAAAAAAAACAAAGGAGAGUAGCUGAUGCCAUAAAAAUAAUUAAAGCAAAAUAUAACGAGACGAGAUUGUUCCAUCGAAAUUUUAUCGGAGUUGAUCCAGACGCAUUUUGCAUCACCGUGUGAAAGUAUAAGAAAAUAUAUAAAAAAAGAUACAGAGAGUGAAGAAAAUUGAAGACGGAAAGCGACAUAACCAAAUUAUAUCGCGUGCAUAAAAGUUUGAGGGGUAAAAGUUUUUCCAUCGAAAAGUCGCUGCGAAAGACAUGAUAAUCGUUGACGAAUCGGAUCCAGUGGGCGAAAUUGCGCCAAGCUUUCAGCCACGCGAUGUAACGGUCAAAAAAGGUGUCGAUGCCAAGGAAUUUUAUGAUCUACUCACUGAAAUCGGCAGAGGAAAAUUUGGCACCGUCUACAAAUGUCAAGAGAAAUCAACAGGUUUAAAACUUGCUGCCAAAUUUGUACCGAUUCCAAAACGUGAUGAUAGACGAAAUGUGGAGCGUGAAGUUGAAAUAAUGAAUUCCCUGCAGCAUCCGUUAAUAAUUCAACUUUAUGAUGCAUACGAAUACAGUAAAAUGAUGUGUGUGGUUCUUGAGCUCAUUGAAGGUGGGGAACUCUUUGACCGAGUCAUUGACGAUGAAUUUGUGCUAACCGAAAAAACGUGCACCAUCCUAGUUCGCCAAUUGUGCCAAGCAAUGGCAUUUGUGCACACCAACAAGAUUCUUCAUUUGGAUUUAAAGCCAGAGAAUAUUUUGUGUUUGACAAAAACGGGAAAUCGAAUUAAAGUUAUUGAUUUUGGUCUUGCCCGCAGAUAUGAUCCCGAUAAAAAAUUGCAAGUACUGUUUGGUACGCCCGAGUUCGUUGCUCCUGAGGUUGUUAAUUUUGAUAGGAUUGGCUUUCCCACCGACAUGUGGUCGAUUGGCGUUAUUUGUUACGUUCUACUGUCGGGCUUAUCACCAUUCAUGGGUUCAACUGACGUUGAAACGAUGACAAACGUUACCAUUGGCAAAUACGAUUUUGAUGACGAAGCAUUUCAAACGGUUUCCAAAGAGUCACUGGACUUUAUAUCAAAACUACUGGUCAAAGACCAAAGCAUUCGAAUGACAGCUGACCAGUGCCUGGAACAUCAAUGGCUAAAACAAUAUACGACAAAAGCUGAAAUGAACGAAAAAACCGCUCAAAAUGAAUGCAAAACAAAUGACGAUAUUAAAUCACCAACAAUUGAAGUCGAGUCAAAUGAACCAGAGGUAGAUGAGCCACAGCUGACAUCAACCAAAGAAAAUUUAAAAUCAUUUAUCGAACGCUGGGAAGAGCAUCCAAACAGUCCGUACAUAUUCGAUGUAACAACAUCAUUAAUUUUACCACCAACAAAAGAUGCCGAAAAGAAUACAAGCAGCGGAUUUUCAUCGCGCGGCUGUUCACCAUCACCAUGCGAAUCGCUAAGCAGCAAUACCGAACUAUUUCAAAAUGGCAUCAGUCCGGAAAGUUGUGAAACAACACCUGACAUUGAUAACGAAUUUGAAUUGGAAACAGAUGUUAAGCCACCACAAAAAGAAUUAUUCGAACGGCCCAACAGCAGUGCGUCGGUGGAUCGAAAAAGUAAAACAAAACAAGAGUAUUUGCAAUCAUUUGAUCGUAGACAUUCAGAUAGUAAUUAUGUGAUAAAUCACACAUCGGGCGUUGAAAGACUUAAUUUGGCCGAAGAAAUAAAGAAACUAUCCGAUCGCUUAUUGGUAUUAUCCUCGAUAAGUGACGAACUCAAAGAGUUUAAUCGACGUCUUGAUGAAAAUCGAACCAAACCGACGCCACCACCGUCCUCAACGAAUAACGAUUCAAAAACACAAAUUAAACGCACCGAAAUUAUGAAAAACAUGAAAAAUGCAAAUAGUUUCAGUUGUUCAACAAAAACCGAAAAAAUCACAAGUCAUUUGAUUCAUUCGAAAUCAUUGUUGUCCGAAGACGAUGUGGCUACUUCAUCGCGGAUAACAACAUCAACAUCUGUGGUCAAUGAUUUAACCGAACGUUUGAAGACGUUGGACGAAAUACCGUCUGUGUUCAAAAAAGUUGUGAAUGCAUCGACGAAAACAAUGAACGAAACAAUUAGAACGACCUUAGGUAAUCGACUGAAAGCCACUUCGAUUAGCAAUAGUUCAUCGGAAUCAACAUCACCGUGUACAUUAAAUGGUUCGGUACCGUGGCCAAUAACAAAUCGUCGAACAAAAUUCCGUGUAACACAAUUGAGUCGAGAUGUUCCGAUCGGUUCGCCCGAUUCACAUCAAACCAUUUUCCUUGAAGAAGCAGCAAACACAACCAAAGAUUGUUUACUGCAAUUGUUAGAUAAAUACAAUGGCAAAGAGACACGAUCAUGUAACAUUCGACGUCAUCAAAGUAUCGCUGUUGGACAUGGCAUUACUGAUAAUCUCGAAUAUCAUUCAAUGAAUUCCAUAAAUGCAUUCUUCAAACGGAAUGUCUUUCAACAAAGCGGUAACACUGUGCGCAAAAUUAAAGCACGCAUCGAAUCCAAACAUCAAUAAAAUGUUCGACAACACACGUUUUGCUCACACCUUUUUUUCUUCAUAUAACUUUCAUUGCCCGCAUUCAAAAAUUUCUUCAAAUUUUGUGUUGGUUUCAAAUCAGAACGUCUAUUUUCUUCUCAAGCAAAAACAAAACUAAGUCCGCUUCUCCUUAUAAAUGUAGAUUGUUUUUUUUAAGAAAGAAAAAUAUACAUGGAACGAUAACGAAUGCUGCUGACAACGACACUGUAAUUUAAAUAUUGAGUUUGAGCUUAGGUGUUUUUUUUGCAUAUGAUUUCGCAUCAUUCGAAAUCAGUGUAAAUUAUCACGGCAAAUAUGUACCUUGAACGCAGACUGAAUGAGAAAAAAAUGUUUUCAAAUGAUGACAGAAAAAAAUCUAACGUGGGAUAACAAAAUGUAAAUACGAAAAAAAUUGCUCGGUGAGAUUUUUGAACGCAAGCAAUAUUUGGAAUUCACAUAUUUGAAUUUCAGCAGAAAGACAGAAAAAAACAUCACAUUUAAAAUGAAAGGAGAGUUCGAAAGAUAGAAAGAAUGAGAUUUGAAUCAUCAAUAUUUUUUUUAUAAUGCACACGUGCAAUGGUGUCAAUUGCAUCGUGCUACAAAUUGGAUUUUCAAAUGUAAAUGUUAUUCUCUUUUAUUCUUCCAUUUGAAGAACGAAAAUAAAAUAUGUAAAAUAAGUGUUAGUUUUACUAUAUUAUCAUUGUAUUUUGGAAUCAAAGUGUCAAAUAAA